CCGCUCACUCUUCCUGUUCUCAGCUUCCUUCCUGUCAGAUUCCUUACAGCUCUGCACCUGCCAGAACUGAGCCUCCCUAGGCCCUGGCUAGCCUAAAGUCGGCCCUCAAUCCCUCUCACUGCAGAAGUCUCUUUACUCUCAAUGAGAGGAAGGACGGAUCCAGGUGUCUUGAGAGCUGAGGGUUGAGGGCAUUGAGCCAACGCGUAGACCCAUCACCUCUGCCCUCGAAGAUACUUGUGCCCUCCAUGCGGAGCCAAGAUGGGGAACAGAGCCGAGGAAGAUUAUAACUUUGUCUUCAAGGUGGUGCUGAUCGGCGAGUCAGGAGUGGGGAAGACCAACCUGCUGUCCCGAUUCACUCGCAAUGAGUUCAGCCACGACAGCCGCACCACCAUUGGGGUUGAGUUCUCUACCCGCACUGUCAUGCUGGGCACCGCCGCUAUCAAGGCUCAGAUCUGGGACACGGCUGGCCUGGAGCGGUACCGAGCCAUCACGUCGGCGUACUAUCGUGGUGCUGUGGGGGCCCUCCUGGUGUUUGACCUAACCAAGCACCAGACUUAUGCCGUGGUGGAGCGCUGGCUGAAGGAGCUCUACGACCACGCCGAGGCCACAAUCGUCGUCAUGCUCGUCGGUAACAAAAGUGACCUCAGCCAGUCCCGGGAGGUGCCCACUGAGGAAGCCCGCAUGUUUGCUGAAAACAAUGGGCUGCUCUUCUUGGAGACCUCGGCCCUGGAUUCCACCAAUGUCGAGCUGGCCUUUGAGACUGUCCUCAAAGAGAUCUUCGCCAAGGUGUCCAAGCAGAGGCAGAACAACGCCCGGACCAAUGCCGUCACCCUGGGCAGUGGCCCGGCUGGGCAGGAGCUGGGUCCUGGGGAGAAGAGGGCCUGUUGCAUCAGCCUCUGACCUGCCCCCACUGUGUUCCGGUGGCCCCCAGCACUGCCCGCUCCAGGAGCUUUCUCUGCCCUGUUGGUCCAGAUGUCAGAGGGGCCAGUCCCUGUCCACAGCCCUGCAGAGCUCUAAGGUCUUCAUGUGCCCCUCCCCGCCCCCAGAUCUCUAUUAUCAGUGCCCCCCCUUACAGACUAUGGCCCUCCAAUAAAGCUGUGUUUUAUAUCAA